CUCUCACCCUGGGACUCAUAGAUAAGCCUCGAGCUUGCUAACUUCCUUCAAUUUCCGCCACGUCGUCCGGACCAACCCUCCGGCCUUUGUGAGUUCUGUCCAUCUGCUACCACCAGGCUGCGCCUCGGUUUCUCUCGGCACCUUUUCUACAAGUUUCUGGCUGGACUAUCGGUCUUUACUCUUCUGCAAGCAACCACGAUGUAUCUCCAACUCCCGCUGCUGCUGUACUUGCUCGCCAGCGUCGCCCCCUCCGAUGCGGGCCUCUUCACCCGCAGCUCAGAGCAUGUCCUCCGAGGAGUCAACGCUGCCCACCACCAUGCCGUCAAACGAAGCUCCGGGCUUGCCAAGGACUUGCGGCGCGCGCUCUCCGGGAUCCUGGUCGCUGAGGGAGACAGUGGCGCGCAACACGUCUACUGCAUAAGCGGCACAAGUCUGACAAAUCCUGAUACAAGCCCUGGAGGAGGGGGCAGCAGCGGCUCAUCGCCCAAGGCGUCCGGCACUGCGACUGCGUCGGCCUCUAGUCCCAGUGGCACAGUCGCAUCCUCCCCUUGGAAGGUCAAGCAGUCAUACGAAGGGGAUUCGUUUUUCGACGGCUGGUCGUUCUUCACCGCUUCGGAUCCUACGGACGGAACUGUACAAUAUGUCGACCAGAGUACUGCGCAAUCGGCGAACCUCACCUCUAUCAAUAGCGCGGGAAACGCCAUUAUGCGUGUAGACACCACCGCCAAGAUUUCGGGUAACCGCCAAAGUGUGCGGAUUACCACGAACUACAACUACACUGGCGCCUUGGUGAUUUUGGACUCGGUACACAUGCCGACUGGGUGCGGCACUUGGCCUGCAUUUUGGAGCAAUGGCCCUAACUGGCCUGCUGGUGGCGAGAUUGACAUUGUCGAGGGCGUGAACACGUACACGAACAACCAGGCAACGAUCCAUACGAAUCCCGGCUGCACGAUUCCGUCGUCGAAUAGCACGGUACUUGGCAUCACCGGCGAUGUGACCGGUGGCACGAACUGUGCUGCAGCGGAGACGGGUAACGCGGGGUGCGGUAUCAGGUCGACGUCAAACACGUCGUAUGGUGCUGGAUUCAACGAGAUUGGCGGAGGGGUGUACGCAAUGGAAUGGGUCGACAGCGGCAUUUCCGUGUGGUUCUUUCCUCGUAGCUCCAUCCCUUCAGAUAUCACCGCAGGGGCGCCUCAACCCUCUGGAUGGGGGACACCCAUGGCGAACUGGCCGUCAACCGACUGCAACCCGUCGACGUUCUUCUACCAGCAUUCGGCUAUUUUCGACACCACCCUCUGCGGGCAAUGGGCGGGUAAUGUGUGGUCCGACACCGGGUCACCAGGCCAGUCCCAGAGUUGUGCGCAGAUAACGGGGACUUCGACUUGCGCCGAGUACGUCCAGAACAACGGUGCGGCAUUUGCUGAUGCCUAUUGGGAGGUCAAGAGUGUCAAGAUAUACCAGACGAGCUGAGCCCUCUCAAGCUACUCACUUUGAACUAUCAUCGCGCAUACACACGCACACACGAGGAUACCGCGCAUACCACUUGGGAUCUAUUGUUGGAACAUACAUGAUGGACGUGUCUGCUAACCAUGCUGUAUCUUAUGCUCACUCAGGAUGUAGUUCUAGAGCCUGUUGUAAUACUGGGUGGUCUUAUAGAAGGUUGUUUGACAGUG